GGUGAGGCCAUGGGCCACCCCCACCUGGACCAGCAGUGGCGGGGCCGUGAGCCAUCCCCCACCCAGACCCGUGGCGGCAGCAGGGCCCCGGGCCAACCCCCACACAGACCAGUGGCGGUGGGGCCCUGGGCUGUCCACCACCCAGAGCAGCGGCAGGGCCAUGGGCCACCCCCCCCCCCAGACCAACAGCAGCAUCUGGGGGGCUCCGGGCUGCCCCCCGCCCGGAAAGGCAGCGGAGCCAUGGGCCACCCUCCCCCAACCCAGUGGCAGGGGACCCUGGGCCACCCCCAGCUGCAGUGGGGCUCUGGGUUGCCCUCCUCCCCCCCCAGCAGAAGCGUGGCCCCACGUGGCCUGCCCCCAGCAGCAAUCUUCAGGAGCGCCCUCCUCUCAGCAGGUAAGAUUUAGUCACAGGUAUUUUUAGUAAAAGUCAUGGACAGGUCAUGGGGCCUUGACUUUUUGUUUAUUGCCUGUGACCUGUCCAUGACUUUUAGUAAAAAUACCCAUGUCUAAAAUGUAGCCUUAUUCAUUACCCCUGUUUUGCAGAUGGGGAAACUGAGGCACACAGAGAUUAAGUGACUUGGCCAUGGUCACACAAGGAGUCUGUGGCAGAGCCUGGUAUACAACCCAGAUAUCCUGAGUCCAAAUCCAUUGCCAUAACCACAAGAUCAUCCUUCCUCUCUGGCAUGAGAUAUAGGUCGGCUCUGAAUUUGACCCACAGUGUUUCCGUAGAGCCAAAUCUUCUAGUGAGAAUGAAACGUUUGCUGUUAUCUUCCAAGGGGCCAGGAUUUGGUUUGUGAUGACCUCACACAAGCAUUCUGAGGACUGCCACUUGUGGAGGCGGGCUGUGAUCUUCCUGGGAAACUGGGAACUCUUAAAAAAAUUCCUUGCAGAAGAAGUUGGUGCCUGAGCAACAAAGCCGUUUCUAUGCACCCCAAGUAUUCAGUGACCGCUUCUGGGAGCCACGGGCACCACUGAUUAUUGAUGAUGUAACUGGGCGCUUGUGGUGGGCCUAUAAAGGGCUAAGAGAUCGAGCAGGAGCACACAGGAGAAGUCAGAAAGCCCUGACUGCCAAGGAGAGACUGCUGCACUCCCUAGGCUUUCUCAAGCUUCGUGAUGGUUUCCAGGAAGGUGGUGGCUUCUCUGCUGGUGGUGUACGUGGUGGCCAUGCUGGCUGAACAGACUGAAGGCUACCUAGCCUUCUUCACUCGCAGCGACAUCGAGAGGAUGCAGCUGCAGGAGAAAGAGAGGAACAAAGCGCAAAAGAAAUCCCUGAUGUUGCAGAAGCGAUCGGAAGGCAGAGAAGUCACCGAGCUCUCUGACGUGGAGGGUGUGGACGAGGGCGAGAUCAUCAAGCUGACUGCUCCUGGAGAAAUUGGAAUGCGGCUCAACGCUAGGCAGCUGGAAAAAUACCAGCACGUCCUGGAGGAACUGCUAACUGAGAUGCUACUGGACGCUCAAAAUGUUAACUGAUGUCCCAGAAGAGCAGGGUGAUGCUUCUUGCUGGACUACAGGUCUAUGCUUCUGUAAAACUAAAUCUGUAAAGUGCUUCAAAAGAAAAAAAUUUGGAUGCAAGGUAAUAAAAUGUGCAGUUG